AUUUGGGGUUGUGCAUUCAGGGGUGGUAAGGUGCUUUUGUAAUUUCUGGGGGUUUUUUAUUUUUUUUUAAGGGGGAGUGCAACUUCCUGUAAUUCCAGGUUGUGUCAAGUACAGUAUUUUUUCAGCAGACUGAUCAUGAUACAAAAGGGAUCUGUCCUGUGUCAAGUAUGAUGUCUGAGAUAGAGGUUUCAGGUGAGUUGAGGAUUGUGACUAGGAGAGGGAGAGUGAGCAGGUUACCCAGUUAGGAGUUAUUGUGGUGGGGGUUUGAAAGCAGCAGGGUGAAAAUGGUGUCUAUUUGAAAGGCUUUUCACAAGCAUAGCAGAGGCAGCCAUGUGUCAUACAGCCCACAACCUCAUCCACUGAACUUACAGAAAUGCCAUGUAACUUUGGCUCUCUAACCCAGGUGCCACUCAUAAUAACAGCCAAACCUUAAACUCAGGAUGAAGCUGGAGACUUGAGCACCCAGACACUCUCAGGUGAGGAUAAGUAGCUGACUUGCUGGGAUUUGGCCCACAUAACACUAAACUCAUCCAUUGAUUUUCCUGUUCUUUAUUCUAGCUGACUAAGAGGUUAACAGGUGAUCCCCUCCAAGGCAGACUCAUUUCAUGUCUAACGUGGAUUCACAUCACCAGUCAUCCAAAAGAUAAGAUGGGGCCACAGCCUGGAGAGGGGAGUAGUGGCCCCCUUCUGCACCUGAUGGGGAUUUGCAUCCCCAGAUAUGUGCAAGAUAAGUUGAGGUCUACAACCCACAGAGGGGAAGGAAGAGAGGUGCCUGGCUGGGACUACCCAGAGGAGUUUUUGAGUUAGUUUUGGAGAUGGGGAUGCGCAACAAGCGUCUCCUUAGGCCACAUAGAGGGGAAGGGUUUCUUUUGAUCACAGUGCAGAGUUGCUCAGGGCAGAGCAGUUCCGAUGUGUGUCCUGUCACUUGUCUCGGGUGCACUCUGUGUUCUUUGGGUCUCUCAGUCCUUUCUUCUCAUCAAAAGCUCUCUCUCCCUGUCCUGUCCCCUCGUUUGUCAUGUUGUGUGUCACGGGUGUCUGCACAUAUUUGUCCCGGAGCUGCUCUGCCCUGCUGCAUAGCCUGUAAUAGCACAAGUCCUGGGGACUUGAAAUUGGUAAUGCAGGGUGUAGUUUGGCUCUAUAUUGUAUUAGGAGAUUGCCAUAAGAUGUUUAGUACUGAUAAGUUGUCCUGCAGCCGUUUUACACUAGUCCUAACUUCCUUUCAGAUGCAGACAGUUCAAAUCGGUGGCAGACGGCACCAGUCCUGGAAGGUCCAAGCAGAUAGCAGCAGUCAAGGCCAAUGUCCAAGGGAAUUGACUGAGAGUACGCAUACCUCUGUAACCCACUGGCUGCUGGACCAGGUUUCAUGCACUUGUGAUCUCGCUGGAAGCAUUACAGGACCCUGUGAUGGACCUUCCAAUUUUGCAUUUCAAGGUCCCAUCCUGGUAGUCCGGCGGAAUGGCCGUGGAGUUGCAGUGUACCCUGCGAUGAAAGCAUCAGAAUCCAAGCACGCCCGAAGCAUGCAGGCCAAGAACCCGGGCAUUCUAAGGAGAAUGACCAAGAGGUGGCAGCUGGGACUUACCAGACAGGGAGACGGCCUUCUUCUGCAGCCAACAGGGAUUUGCAUCCCCAGAUGUGUGCAAGAUAAGUGGAGGGUUGUGACCCACAGAAGGGAUGAAAGCGGGCUGCCGGGUUGGGACUUCCUAGAAGGGGUUUUUGUGUCUGUUUUGGAGAUGGGGAUGUGCAAGAAGCAUCUCCUUAGGCCGCCUGAAGGGAAAGCGUCUGUUUUGAUCACAGUGCUGAGGUGCGCAGGGCAGAGCAGUUCUGGUGUGUGUCCUGUCACUUGUCUCUGGUGCAUUCUGUGUUCUUUGGGUCUCUCAGUCCUUUCUUCUCCUCAAAAGCAGCUCUCUCUGUCCUGUCCCCUCGUUUGUCAUGUUGUGUGUCACGGGUGUCUGCACGUAUUUGUCCCGGAGCUGCUCUGCCCUGCUGCAUAGCCUGUAAUAGCACAAGUCCUGGGGACUUGAAAUUGGUAAUGCAGGGUGUAGUUUGGCUCUAUAUUGUAUUAGGAGAUUGCCAUAAGAUGUUUAGUACUGAUAAGUUGUCCUGCAGCCGUUUUACACUAGUCCUAACUUCCUUUCAGAUGCAGACAGUUCAAAUCGGUGGCAGACGGCACCAGUCCUGGGUGAGGAUCUUCCCAUGAGUAGGACAGUCAUUGUUUGCAGUUGCAGGGGAAGCCUAAAUGGUGGCUCUGUUACUGCAGUGUUUUUUGCCUUUAUUUUUAGAAGGUCUAAGCAGAUAGCAGCAGUCAAGGCCAAUGUCCAAGGGAAUUGACUCAGAGUACGCAUACCUCUGUAACCCACUGGCUGCUGGAUCAGGUUUCAUGCACUUUUGAUCUCGCUGGAAGCAUUACAGGACCCUGUGAUGGACCUUCCAAUUUUGCAUUUCAAGGUCCCAUCCUGGUAGUCCGGCGGAAUGGCCGAGGAGUUGCAGUGUACCCUGCGAUGACAGCAUCAGAAUCCAAGCACGCCCGAAGCAUGCAGGCCAAGAACCCGGGCAUUCUAAGGAGAAUGACCAAGAGGUGGCAGCUGGGACUUACCAGACAGGGAGACGGCCUUCUUCUGCAGGCAACAGGGAUUUGCAUCCCCAGAUGUGUGCAAGAUAAGUGGAGGGUUGUGACCCACAGAAGGGAUGAAAGCGGGCUGCCGGGUUGGGACUUCCUAGAAGGGGUUUUUCUGUCUGUUUUGGAGAUGGGGAUGUGCAAGAAGCGUCUCCUUAGGCCACCUGAAGGGAAAGCGUCUGUUUUGAUCACAGUGCUGAGGUGCGCAGGGCAGAGCAGUUCUGGUGUGUGUCCUGUCACUUGUCUCUGGUGCAUUCUGUGUUCUUUGGGUCUCUCAGUCCUUUCUUCUCCUCAAAAGCAGCUCUCUCUGUCCUGUCCCCUCGUUUGUCAUGUUGUGUGUCACGGGUGUCUGCACGUAUUUGUCCCGGAGCUGCUCUGCCCUGCUGCAUAGCCUGUAAUAGCACAAGUCCUGGGGACUUGAAAUUGGUAAUGCAGGGUGUAGUUUGGCUCUAUAUUGUAUUAGGAGAUUGCCAUAAGAUGUUUAGUACUGAUAAGUUGUCCUGCAGCCGUUUUACACUAGUCCUAACUUCCUUUCAGAUGCAGACAGUUCAAAUCGGUGGCAGACGGCACCAGUCCUGGGUGAGGAUCUUCCCAUGAGUAGGACAGUCAUUGUUUGCAGCCAACAGGGAUUUGCAUCCCCAGAUGUGUGCAAGAUAAGUGGAGGGUUAUGACCCACCGAAGGGAUGAAAGCGUGGUGCCGGGUUGGGACUUCCUAGAAGGGGUUUUUGUGUCUGUUUUGGAGAUGGGGAUGUGCAAGAAGCAUCUCCUUAGGCCACCUGAAGAGAAAGUGUUUCUUUUGGUCUCAGUGCUGAGGUGUGCAGGGCAGAGCAGUUCCGGUAUGCGUCCUGUCACUUGUCUCUGGUGCAUUCUGUGUUCUUUGGGUCUCUCAGUCCUUGCACACAUUCUUCUUGUUGAAAUCUCUCUCCCCCUGUUGUGUCCCCUUGUUUGUCUCGUCCUAGGUCCUGUGUCACAGGUGUCUGCACAUAUUUGUCCUGGCGCUGCUCUGCCCUGCUGUGUAGCCUGGUGUAAUUGCACCAGUCCUGGUGAUUUGCGAUUUGGCGUGGGGCAUGUAGUUGCGUUCUAAGUAGUAUUCCCAGUGUCACACCAGAUGUUUGGUCCUGUUAAGUUAUCCUACAGCUGUUUGAAUUUUCUCCCAACUUUCUUUCAGAUACAGAUGCAUUAACUCUGUGGCAGAGUGCCCCUUGUGGUCAGGGGGUUUCUAUGAGAAGGAAGUCCAGGUGGCUAGGAGCAGUCAAGGCCCAGUGUGCCAGGCAGUCCUCUUGCAAGAUGUCUCUGGUCCAGAUGUCUGAAGCCAGGUGCUGUCGCUGCCCUAGGUGUGUGAAGGAACAGAGGCGAGCGGGUGAAUUGGCAUUUAGGCACGGUCACUCAUAGGUGACUGUUAUGCAGCAGCAUGGUACCCUGAGGAGGUGCGUAGCUGAAGUUUGGAACUGGCAGCACUGAAGCGGAUGUAGAGAACAUCUCACCAUCCACAUCCAACUGACAUUGAAUUCUGUCUGGUUGUCUUGCAAAAGCUAAGUGCUGGGACCAGUUGGUGGGAGAUGGGGGAAAAACCUUUACUAUCACAGGAGGCAAUUUGAUGUUAACUUAGAGGAGAGGCCCAUAGUGGAACAGGCCCCUCGGAAGCAAAGGGAGAGGGUUUCUCCUCAGCCUCACCAGAGUCUUUGCCGGCCAGGGCAGUUCCGAUCCAUCUCCGCAUUCUCGUGAGGUUCGCAUCAGCGGCCUUCUACGACUCUUGAUGUCAUCGUGGAUAUUUUCACUCGAGGAGCCCGCCUGCAUGUCAGGAACUAUAGCCAUGGUUACCCUGUAGUCAUUGCUUCCUUCUCCGGACUUACUGAGCUUCUUAGGCUUCCUCUUAAGUGCUUUGGCACUAACAUCUUGAGAGGAGUUACCUUUCAUCAUCAUGUGGUAUUGCCCUAGUUCUUUCUUUCCUUUGGCAUCAUCAGCCCAUGGCUCAUCCUGGGCUAGGAAUCUUGGGGUCCAUAAGGUGGAACUGCCAGGCAGUUUCCACUUGUGUCCGUGUCAUGUUUUCAGUGUCCACUGAUUUAUGUGUCGUAGGCCUUUGUUACAUCUCCAUGCUUUAGCAGCAUCAUUCUGUGCUGUAUCGGCCAUAUUUUACUCACGUACCUUCCUGGAUAUCUCUUAUUCUGGCAUCUUUACAUUUUUACCUUUUGGGACAGGAGGAUGUACACCUUUGGUAGCGCCUUCUCUUCCCAUGCCGUUCUCUUGGACUUCUAUACGGAGCAUAUUAGACGCUCAUCACGUGACCGCAGUAAUUCUGUUGAUUCCGCCUUCUCAAAGGGUAUAGGGUCAAGAAUUAAUCUUCUGGAGAGUUAUUUCAAGUCCUCACUUAUAUUGUAUCUCUGUUAGCUUAUAUUAUAUGUGCUUAUGUUGUGCCUACCUAUGUUGGCUUAUCAUGUAUGUAUAAGCCAAUAUACCUUUAUUGUAUGUACUUAUGUUGUAUGUACCUCUGUCGGUUUAUAUUGUAUGUACCUAUACUUUAUGUACCUAUGUUGGCUUAUAUUGUGUGCACUCAUAUUGUAUGUACCUACCUUGCCUUAUGUUGUAUGAGCCUCUGUUGUGCCAAUUACAAUCGGAGCUGCCCUGCCCCGGCACGUAGUGACGCUUAGGUAGAGCAGUUGUAAAA